GAUAAGGUGAAGGACGCUUGAAGAAAAUGGCUUCUAAAAACAUGUAAAGCAAUCAAUCGUUAAUAGAAUUAGUCCCGAAAGCACUAAAAUGCCUCAUCCCGGACGAUUUCAAAAUAAUCACAAGAAUGGGCGAAGAUUCUCUCCUUCACCAAUACGAAGAAGAAGUCGAAGCCUUGACAGACGUAAAUCCAGAUCACCCUACAGACGAAGGUCAAGGUCUCCGUAUAGAAAGUCAUCAGGGAAAAUAGACAGAAAAUCACCAGGGAGAAAAGGAUCGCGAUCACCACGUAGACGCGAGCCGAGAUCACCAGUGAAUAGAAAACGUUUACAUUCACCUAAAAGGCGAGUAUCUAGAUCUCCAGUCAGACAACCUCGAUCGCCAAUCAAAGAUAAGAGUUUAUUGACCCCCUCCCCUCGUAGACGUGUUUCCAGGUCCCCAGUUAAAAAACUAUCACCUCCAAACAGACGUAUAUCGUCCCCGGACCGAAAUAGGAAUACUAGAGGUAAACAACGAUCUAGGUCCAGAUCUCCAUCAAGAAAAAGGGAAGACAGAUUUCAUCGUAGUCCUGAACUUCCAGGUGAUAGAUUCAGCCGAUUAGCACAAGAAGACUCACGAAAAUCACGAAGAUCACCUUCUCAUUCGCCGAGAAGAUCACCAAGAAGAUCACCAAGACGAUCACCGAACUAUUCUAAUCGGAACAUCAAUGAUAGAUUGGCUCCAAUAUCACCGAGCACUGGUCCAAAAAUCAUUCGAGAUACAAGCGGACUCAGUAAAAUCGAGCCGUUGAUUCUACGCAAGAGGACCUUAGAUGAACGGUUUCGAACCUUGGAUGAUGGGCACUUUAGAAUUGACGAGAACAUCACGAUUGGAAUCCAACGGAAUCCUUACGCCCCAGCCUCCACUUCUGUUACAGUCCAGAGAGUGUUUGAUCCACAUUUGUUUCACAUGAUUCACAGUCGGGAGUCUGGAUUACUUCCUAUAUUUGAUCGUCCAGAAUUGAAAUAUUUUCGAUUUGACGAUAUGCCACAUUAUGAAGAGGAACCUACAUUUGAAAGAAGAACUAUCAAAGUGGCGCCCUCUACUAGUCACUCGAAAGAUUCAAGAUAUGGUCAUCUUCAUUUAUCUAGACUUUCAUUAUCACCUAGACAACGCUCACAAUCACCUAGACGAAGAUCACCAUCUCCUAGACAACGAUCACCAUUAUCAAGACGACGUUCACCCUCACCAAGACGACGUUCACCGUCACCAAGACAUCACCCUGAAAUCAAAUUAGAAAUGAGAACUGAACCAAGAUAUGAGAAGAUAUAUCAAGAUUCUAAAAAUGAUGAUCAGCGAUAUUCGAAAGUUAUCACCAACCCAAAUGAUUUACGUCACAAUUUGUCCAACCGACACGUCGAAGAUGCCAGGUACCGAAUUGAGGGAAAGCGAGAAGAAAGGGGAGAGAAUUCUCGAAGAAGUAGAAGUAGAGAGAGGAAGAUGUCCAGAGGAAGUCCAGCUAGAAACCAAGGUAGAAACAAAAACAGUCAGAAAGAUAACAGAAAUCAUGGUAACUCCAAAGAAGAUGAUGAUUUGCCUGAUUUUUCUAGACGUCCAGAUCGAUCUAAAUAUCAACCGUGGGUAGACAACCCAACCAAGAUUCCAAAAGGAGUUAAAUACUUCCAGUCGACUGGUAAGGCGAAGAUUGUAAAUUUCAUCCAAGGAUACGUUGUUGGCGUCACGAAGACUUUUAAAAGCCAUCGAAACGUGGACCAGUUUUAUUUCCGACUGUACCACGAAACCAUGUUUAUUCACGCAAUCAGCUUUUGUUACAAGUUAUGGUCGACGUUAAAAACCAUCGAUGGUUCAACUUGUCUCGGUGUGACUUUUAAUCGAGCGAAAUUACGACCUCCCCGACUACACAAACCUUGGAAUUUGGUGAUUGAUCGUUUCACCAGGAUCAAGACAGAGUUAAUGCCCUUCCCGAUGCAUUUGGAGACAGACGAAAGAGAGGUUGCUAAAGCCAAACCUGGGAAGACAGUUGAUCUAUAUGCUGAUGAAGAAUCGUAUAAUUUUGAUAACGAGGAUGAAGAAGCUGAAGAUGAACCUCAGGAUGUCUCCUUGGAGCAAGUUUCUGAUGAAGAGUUUACAUCCAUUAAUGAUGAGAAAGAGGGUGAUGCAGACUUCACUUCAAAAGUUAGUGGCUCUGAUUGGUUGGAAGUAAAGUCAGAAUCACUUGCAGAAAAAUCAGAAGCAGCGCCCAUGAAAACAGAACUCUAUUCAGAUUCGGCACCUAUCAAAAUGGAAUUCAAAGGAAUGAAUCCUGAAAAUCCAGUAUUGAAGGGAAGUUUUCCUUUAAAAUCAGAUUUUCUCCACGGCCAAAAUGUGGAGAUGGAGGACAAAAAAGCGUUCAAAUUUUUAAAAAAGAAUCGUUCCUAUAGGAAGAGAGAGUCUUCUCCUACUGAGUAUAAGUCUAGAAGCUCUCAGGAUGCAGGGGUUGCCACUGGAAGAAGCGGGGUAAUCAAGGGUAAACUGAAAGGGUCCUAUAAAGAUUUAGUAGUUCUUGUCCAUGUAUCAAAGAAACUGAUGGCUUCUAGUUGCACCAUUCUUAAUUCCUGUCCAAGGAGGCCCAUAGCUAACGGUGGGGGUGGGGGAAGGCAUGACAACCGGAAUUCUAGGGGCAGGUUCCGAGGCGAUCGAGGAUAUUUUGGUCAAAAUAAAUUUGUGAAGAAUUUUACUAAUUUGACAGACGAUCCUAGAGAUUCCAAACCACCAUCCAAACUUUUACACCCAUCCAUAAAAUCAAAGAUGAAGCGUGGUGGAAAAAUCAGUUUUAACAAAGGUUUCACAAACCACAAAGGAAGAAGUUUAGCAGAUCGUGGUAAAUGGAAACAUGAUUUGUUUGAGAAACAGUUAGCUGGAGUAGAAGGGAAGAAUGGUGGUAAUACAGAGACUCAAACUAGUGGUAGUGGUAACCAGGGUAACAGUGUCCAACAAUUCCAGCUCCAGAUAAAAUCUAAUGAACCUGUCUAGUACUGCCUUAGCAUCUUCACAAUCUCAAACUGUUACAAACAUUUUAUAAAAAAAUAAACCCAC